GCCUUUGAACGACAUGCCAAAGUCCUAAAAGCUAUACAGUAUCCAAAUUCACAUGACGGUGUGAUAUUCAUUUCUAUAUCUUGCUUCAUAUCGAGUCCAUUCUCAAGUCAGCUUGCUUAUUCAACGGCUCGGAGAUCAAGAUGGCAAACCCUGACAAGCCUCCCUCGUCUGAGCAGCAGGUCCGACUCAUGAUAUGGACUGUUCCUCGCUCCAUCUCAACUGUCCUGGCCAAAUGUCUGAGCUUCGUUGACAACUCGAAGGUUUUCUUCGAAAACUAUGUCACUGCCUAUGUUCUUGACCCCAUGAGACAGCUUGAAAAGUACCAAAAUGCUGAACUCGAAGAGGCGAUGGUUGCUGUGAUGAAAGAGAUUUCUGAAGUUGCAGGGUUAUCAGCUGGGUUUGAUGCAUCUCAAUGCAAUGCCCAGUGGGUCAAGGAGCAACUUGAGAAAGCCCACGUCGGAAAGAAGUUCAUCUUCUGUAAAGACAUGGCCUUCACUGUGACAGACCAGAUGGAGUUCCUCCCGAAAGGUUACCGUCAUUUGUUCCUGAUCCGUCAUCCUCUCAAGGUCUUCUCGUCUUGGAAGAAGCUGUUCCAGGGAGUGGCAAAGAUGUCUCCAGAUGAAUUCAGCCUUACAGACUUUCCUGCAAGGAUUUUCCCGAAAGGUUAUGGCUUCCGAGAGAUGCAUGAGUUGUUCGAGUACGUGAAGAAGCAGCUUGGUCAAGAGGCGAUCAUCAUCGACGCGGAUGAACUUCUCCAAGAUCCCAAGGGUAUCCUGUCAGCACUCUUCAAUCUCAUCGGGCUGCCCUUCGAGGAGAAGAUACUAACUUGGGAAUCAGGGAGUGCCGUCACUGAGCUCUGGACCAUCCCACGGCUGUUAUUACAAGGGAACCAUCUCGGGGGUUACUACCAGAAUGCGCUGGAUAGUACGUGCUUCCUGAAACCUGGGGCUUUACCCGAUCGCUCAUCUGUUUCUCCCGACAUCCUCCGUUUGGUAGACGCCUCCAUGCCGUACUACGAGACAAUGCACGCCCAGCGCCUAUCAGCAUAGGACCUUUUCCGAUGUGUGACCUCGAAUUUAUUUGGACUCUCAUUGGAUGAAUUUUGUAUCUGGUCAGUGACCUAGGGUCAGGACUUAGAACGCGACCCGUGCAAAAGAAACAUCUAGGUUGGGUCCCAUUCUUUCAUAUUAUUCAUUUUAGUAUCAAUCUAAACAUUCCCGUUCACAAAUAUUGAGUUUACGUACUUGCUACAAAGUUCCAGAGAAAGUCUAUUUUGGACCGUGAUUUUCCAAUUUUAUUUUGUUGCGUACAAAUGAACCCCUUUUAAAUGCGCCCAAAAAUAAGAAACUAAUUUUCUAACAAACUUGUAGUUGGGUACGCGAGUGGAGAUUACAACGAUUUACCUGAAUUUAUCAACUUUAACGCAAUUCGUAAAUGUUAACGUUGGAUUUUCAGGGAUUUGUUCAAGUGGGUGCGCCACGUUUGGGAAAACUCGGUCGAAUUUGUGCCCAAUUUCCAGAUGCCAUCGUUUUUGAAUUUCAGACUAAAUGUCAUGACACUGAAGACUAAAUUUCAUGACGCUGAAAUUGUUCACAAAGGUUCAACAGCAAGCAUUAUUAAGGUAAUUGUACCAAUAUUUAAUUGAAUGAAUUUUCCAACAAAGAGGUUUUUUGCAUGGGGAAAGUCGAGGGAAACGUCGAAGUGCGCCACGUUAGGGGACUCCACUACAGUGCGAAAGAUGUCAGAAAAUUAUACAACUCCACUUUAGGAGUUGAGCAGGUGUGUUGAAACAAUUCAAAAGUAUUGAUAAUCACACAAUUUUUGUAUAAGCUUUUUUAUCCGCCAAUGUCAUUUAGGACACGUUCGUCAAUUGUAAAGACACGGCUCGACAUGGUACAGGGCCUGUUGUUCCAAAUCGAAACAUUGAAUUUUGCAACAGUCACUGAUGAUGGUGAAGCAGUUUUUUUCUCCUUGAUUGAGGUCAAUAGCUUGAACUUUGUUAUCGUACCACCCGUGAUUAAAUAUUUGGUCACGUUCUGAGCUUUGAUUCGUUUCAGUACAAAUAUAGGUUGUCUAAG